UCCUGUGUGAAAACGUCAUCGGCUUUGUGAAAAAAUCAGCAGUGCAAUUGUCUCUCAAUCGGAAGGUUUUUUAACAUCAUAUAACUUGAUAAAAUUGCUACUAAACCACUAGAUUCACAAUGGAAGCUGUCCCUCGUAUGCCGAUGGUCAGCUUCGAGCUGAAAACCUGUCCGGGAGGCACUUCAUUUGGACCCCUGAAGCAAUACAUCGCAGAAUACUAUCAUGAAGAUCCGGACUCGUACUCAAAGGAGUGUUAUCAGUUGGAACAGUUGCGAGGAAUGGCAGCGCGACCGACGCAGGAUGUCGAAGGAACCGCACUGAUGAAACGGUACUACUGUCAGCUGCACUCGCUCCAGAACCGCUUUCUGUUGAAUCAGUUACCCGAAAGUCAGCAAAUGCUUAGUUUCAGUUGGAAGGAUCUGUACAGUGGUGCGACACUGCAGAAAAACAACAUCAAAUUCGAGAUGGCAGUGAUAUUGCAUAAUUUCGGUUCAUUGCAUACGCAGCUGGGAGCAGCGGAAGGUCGAGCCGAUCCGGAGAGUAUGAAAAAAGCUUGCACACACUUUCAGUGCGCUGCUUGGGCCUUCGGAUACAUCAAGGAUAAUUACGCUCUGCUGCUGCAGGGAGAUCUUUCUACUGAGUUGUUGAUUUUUAUGCAAGCACUUUGCUUUGCUCAGGCUCAAGAGUGCAUCAUGGAGAAGAGCCUGUGCGACAACCGUAAGUCGGGGAUAAUUGCGAAAGUGACGGCUCAAAUUGUUACGUACUACAAUUCGGCGCUGGCUGCCCUGUUGACUCAGAACGGGGAGGAUGGACGGAUUCAGGACAUUGUCGGAAGCAAGCAGUUUAAGGAAUGGAGGAAGUAUGUGAAGUUUAAAAUUUCCUAUCUGUCUUGUAUUCUGCUGCUGUAUCAAGGACAGCAAUCUGAAGAGCGGCAAAAAAUGGGCGAAAGAGUUGUGUUGUAUCAAGCUUCUUUCGACAGAUUAGAGGAAGCGAAAAAAGAAUCGAAAGGCCUGGCGAAUAUCGACCAGAUUAACGAUGCGCUUCAGUUUACGAUGGAUGUGGUGGAAGCGAAACGAAAGUCUGCUAAGAAUGAAAACGAAUUCAUCUAUCACGAAGAGGUGCCGGAAUUGAGUGCUAUUUCUGCUGUGCAGGGUGCAAAUCUUGUUCAUGGUAUAACUUUUAGUGUGACAGAUCCUGAUGCCAUGGGGGAGGACAUAUUCCAUCGAUUGGUGCCGAUGAAGGCGCACGAAAGUAGUUCGGUUUACAGUGAGGAAAAGGCAGAUCUGCUUCGCUCGGUUGGCUCUAGAGUGGAAGAGAGAGAUUUGGAACUGACUUCAUUCAUGAGUUCGCUAAAUUUGGACUCGAUCAAUGUGCAAAAUCCGAGCAGUUUUAAUGAAGUUCGACUGCCCCAGGGACUGGUUGAUCGAUGUGCUGAUUUGAAUGCUAAACCUAGUGCCAUUCCCGAUUUAGUGCAGUCGAUGUCGAAUUUGGCGGAAAGUUGCACGGAUGUCGAGAUGAUGUUGAAGGAAAUCAAGCAUCUGUUGAAACAGGACGAAAUACAAGAGGAUAGCUACCAGCAGAAGAUUGGCCAGCGUUCUAACGGGGGAACCCAUAUUGCCGAGUUGAACCGAGAGUUCUCUAAGUAUCAGGAGGCUCAUAACAAGGCCGGUGAAAGCAACGACACGUUGCGCAAGGCGAUGGGGUUGCACGUGCACAAUUUGAAAAUUUUGGCGCAACCGCUGAAGGACAUCAAAGAGCAGAUUCCGACUAGUAGCGAGCAGUUUGAUGAACUGACGCUGAAGGAGUUGCAGGGGAUAUUGGCUAAGGUUACGGAGAUGCGCGAUCAAAGAGCUAAACUGUACCAGGAUCUGCGUGAUAACGUAACCAAUGAUGACAUUACUUCACAGCUAAUUGCGCUGGAAAAUGGUCCGGAUAGUAAAAAACGCAUGCAGGAACUUUUCAAGAAAGAACUUGCAAAACACGACCAAUUGGUGGCCUUAUUGGAUGCAAACUUAAAAGCGCAGCCCAACAUUCUGAAGGCGCUGACUGAAAUUUACGCUCGCUGUGCUCCGAUAAUCAAAUCGAUCAGUGAGGCCAAGACAAAACGGGAGCAGUUUUUCUCCUCCCUGCAAGGGUCGUACGACGUUUAUGAGGAUCUGCUGUCGAAGAGUGCGAAAGGGUUGGAAUUUUACCGGAAAUUGCAAGUGAACGUACAGAAAUUGUACUCCCGUGUGAAGGCCGCCUGUGACGUUCAGGACGAGGAACGCAACCAAAAGCUAAAGUCAAGCACGGCUAUGAAGAAACAGACGGCUGACUUUGCCCAUCCAACGACCACGUUCCGCGAAAAUCCUAAGUUAAGUGGAGGUCCUAAGUUGAAGGAUUAUCUUAAAUCUGGCAACAUAAGUUUGGGUUCCAUUAAAGCUGCAGGAAUAGAUGUCAAUUCUUCUGGGUAUGUCCCACCGGUACGCCCCACCCCGGUCGGGUCCGAGAGUACUACUCCAGCGGCUAGCUCUGGAACCGGUAGUGGAGGAUACUAUCAAGACUCGUACGCUAAUUAUAAUUAUUAUUCAUCUACAACUGGAACCGCAAGUGCUCCUUCUGCGGCGGCGGAUUAUUCUCAAUACUAUCAGCAACAGCAACAGUAUGCCAACUACGUUCCAGUUUCUACAUUCCAGUCAAGUACGAACUCAACGCUGACUCCUACGCAGACUCAAGCGCAGACCACAGGUUUUGUGAAUCCCAUAUACCAGAGUCCGCUCAAUAAUUAUUACAACAAUCGACAAGCGGCUGACUAUGGUCAAUAUCCUGUCGCUCAACCUUCGCCAGCGUUAUCAACAAGUUCAAGUGAAGUUGGGACAGCAGCGCCUCAAGCUCAGAAUUGGAAUCAGUUGAAUCAACAGUUUAAUGCGAUGAAUCUCCAGCCAGCAACUACAGUAGCAACAUAUCAGCCAUCGGUUGAUUCCAAUUCUACAACUGCUUAUUCGCAAACUCAAUCGUAUCAAGUAGACAGCAGCGCUGUAAGUCAACCAUAUUCAACAACUCCUGCCUUGAAUGGCUAUACAAAUCAAACGACUGACCAAUAUCAGGAUGUUUCUAAUCAAUACUACCUACAGCAACAACAACAACAACAAAUGCAGCAACAACAACAACAAUAUCAAACACAGCAGGGACUUGCGUACACUCAACAGAUUCAACCACAAACAACAUCACAAGCAACGUCUUAUCCCACGUACCCAGGUUACUCAUACAAUCCUCAAACAGGUGCCUACGACUACAUCGGCGUCAAUCAAUACAACACCGUUAGUCAAACGUCGGUAACGAAUCAAUAUCCUAACCCAAGUCAAGCGGCCACAGGAGCGGUUACGAAUUCAUUAACAGCGCCAUACCCAUCAGCUGUAACUGGGUCUUUCGACGUAAACCAAUCUCAACAACAACAGCAAGCUUCAUACCCGACUUCGUACAGCAAUAACUUGGCCUCAGCAUCGAUAACUCAGCCGUGUACAACUCCUGCUACAGCAGCUGUGAAUACCGCAAAUCCAUCAUCAUCUUACUACGGAAACUACAACUAUAACCAGACCCAAGAACCGCAAGCUCCGGACCCCGGUCAAGCUUACUACACACAAGAGCAAUCACAAAACAAUAACUAUUACAAUUCGGGCUACGGAUCAACUACAAACCAGUACCAGCACCCGGUACCGGACGGUGCACCAUCAGCUGGACAAGCCUCGAGUCAGUAUUCUUAUCAAGUUGCUCCCGCUGUAACAAGCAAUGCCGCAGGCGUUCCCGGAACAUACGGUAGUACAGCAACCGAGUCAUCUCAGUACCAAACCUAUCAGACUCCAGCGACCGCUACCCAACCAGCUACGGAACAACCGGCUGCAACCGUGACACCCGCCACGGCUCCAUCCCAAACACAGCCACAAUCCAGCCCCAGUUCGACCGUUAGCAAACAAUCAUCCAACCUUGACCUGCUGUCCGGUCUUGACUUUACUCCCGCCGCCCCAGUUACGGCCGCCAUUCUGCAACCACGGUCAGUCACUUCCGCCGCGACAGAAGAUGACGUAAAGAGUGAAGUUCUGACCCCCACCAAAGCUCCGCCAGAUCCGGUGCCGGAUGUACCCUCGACACCCAGCAGUUUCAAAAAACCCGUCGCACCCUCGGAAAGCUUCGACCGUAAACCGAGCUUCGAUAAUCUGUCGAUUUGCUCCGACCUGAGUUCGAUCGAUCAGAAUUUCGAUUGGGAAAGUGCAUCACUUAGAGCCGCAGUAGCACCCACAGCAGCUGCGGUCAGCGGCAGCACAGCGAGUGGUGGUUUCGGUGCUACCAGCGUUGUUACGACCAACAAUAACCACAACAACAACAGUAUUCUGGUGCAACCGGCUCGAGACCCCUUCGAGGAUCAGGCCACCCUCAAAUGGUUCCAUAAGGAAGUCGAACGGUUGGAGAAAUUCAUUGAUACGUUGAAUGUGAAAACCUUGAACGGUACGACCCCGCUGGACGGCAAGUGGAAGGAGCUGCAGGAUAUGCUGGUAAAGGAAGAGUCCAAACGUCAGGUCAGUGUGGCAAAGUUGUUUCCGGAGAAAAAUCGUUCCAUCGACAGUGUGCCGUAUGACCAUGCUAGGGUGACACUGCCGACCGAUACCGACAACUACAUCAAUGCUGUUUUUGUAAAGUUUUCCAAGGAUCAAUCAUCGGACCUUGGUUUCGGAUGCCCUCAAAUGAUUCUGGCUCAGACCCCGCUCCAAAACACUGUGAACGAUUUCUGGAACAUGAUCUGGUCGCAAAAGGCAACUGUAGUUGUUUGCUUGCACCCACCGAACGAGAUCUUAGACACAUUCUGGCCCUGUGACAUCAACCAAGAGCUGAGCUACGGUGACGUAUCCGUGUCACUAGUCAAACAGUUCGAUUUGACGCACUGCAUCGAGCGGGCUCUGCGGGUUACAAUGCUCGGAUCGGACGUUAUUUUGAGCCUGACUCUGUUGCAAGUAAAACUGUGGCCCAAACUAUCAGCGGAAUAUAUGCUGGGAAUUGCGCAGAACGUAAUCGGUGCCUACCGACAGCAAAAUCAGGAGCAGAAACAACCGAAACCUUUGAUUGUCAACUGCCUAAACGGUUCCGAUCGUUCCAGUUUACUGGCGGUGGCCAUCGCCUCAAUUUUGGCGACACAAUCACGAAAACCGGUUCUAAUAAAUGUGGUGGAUAUCUGGUAUCGAAUAUGCUGUCAGCGGAAGGGAGCACUUCGCGACCCAAAUUACAUUCAAUUGUCCUACAACAUCGUGCUGAACAACGGACAUAGUAUUCUGAACAAACGUGGUAUAAUGACAUCCUACCAGAUGAAAACGGUCCAAACGACUGCCGCCGCUGAGAAGGAGGAAACAAUCAAUGAUCCGUUCAAAGAUCUGGAUCCUUUGUGGAAACUGAAAUGAGCAUAGAAUUGAUCUAUAUACCGUACUCUGCUGGGACAGUGCCACCACAAUUUUAUACGUUCCAUUGGCAUUGAGAAAAAGAAAAGUAAAAUUGUGCGGUAUUCUGUCCGCACGUAGCCCUGCUUGGGACAAAGCGUUUAUUAUAAUGAUUUCGCUGCAUAUAUAAUGCGCACGAUAUAUUUUAAUAUAUUCACAAUUAUUAUCGAACCCGCUAUACUAUUGAGGAGCUGAUUCACUGAUUAAAGGCUACAGCAAUUGAUUAGGAAGGUAAUAUAUUAAUGCAGGCGUGGCACCUUGAAAGAAAAUGCACCUUGCAGGAAAGAACUGAUGUUUUGGAUAUUUGCUAGAAGUUUACUUGAAUUAUGCAAUAACGAAAAAUAUAUGUUGAAUCUAA